AAGCCUCGGCUGACGUCUGUCCUAACGGCUGUCGUAAGCCAAGUGACGACAUCUUAACCCGCAGCCUAUUGGUUGCUCCAGUGGGCGUGUGCUUCCGGACUGGACGGUGGCCUUGCGACUCCCACCCACGGUUCGCCAUCUUAACGUUGGGCACUCUCCAGGGCAGCAAAGCCUCGUGAAGCUGCUGGAGAUCCUGUUGGUUGAGGGCAGCAGCAAGGGCUGCGCUGCGCCGGCGCGGCGCUCAGAGUCGGCUGGAGCCACGUGGGAGCGGUGUUCAGUAUGCUGCGCCGGGAGGCCCGCCUUCGCCGCGAGUACCUGUACCGCAAGGCCCGCGAGGAGGCGCAGCGCGCCGCGCACGAGCGGAAGGAGAAGCUGCGGCGCGCGCUCGAAGAGAACCGCCUGAUUCCCACCGAGUUGCGCCGGGAGGCUCUAGCGCUGCAGGGCUCGCUGGAGUUUGACGAUGCUGGUGGUGAAGGUGUGACCAACCACGUGGAUGACGAAUAUCGAUGGGCAGGGGUCGAGGAUCCCAAGAUCAUGAUCACUACCUCCCGUGACCCCAGUUCACGCCUCAAGAUGUUUGCAAAGGAGCUGAAGUUGAUUUUCCCAGGAGCCCAGCGCAUGAACCGUGGCCGACAUGAGGUAGGGGCAUUGGUGCGAGCCUGCAAAGCUAAUGGGGUCACCGACCUGCUGGUUGUCCACGAGCAUCGAGGCACACCUGUGGGGUUCAUCGUUAGCCACCUGCCCUUCGGCCCCACUGCUUACUUCACACUGUGCAAUGUGGUCAUGCGGCAUGACAUCCCCGACCUGGGCACUGUGUCAGAGGCCAAGCCUCAUCUCAUCAUGCAUGGCUUCUCUUCCCGCCUGGGCAAGCGGGUCUCUGACAUACUCCGUUACCUCUUCCCUGUGCCCAAAGAUGACAGCCACCGGGUUAUCACAUUUGCGAACCAGGAUGACUAUAUCUCCUUCCGGCACCACGUGUACAGGAAGACUGACCACCGCAACGUGGAGCUGACCGAAGUCGGGCCUCGCUUUGAGCUCAAGUUGUACAUGAUCCGCCUGGGCACCCUGGAACAGGAGGCCACAGCAGACGUGGAGUGGCGCUGGCAUCCCUACACCAACACCGCACGCAAGAGGGUCUUCCUGAGUGCCCAGUGAGCCUCCUGCUGGUCAGGACGUGGACCCGGACCCAGGACUGAAGGGGUUAGAAUAAAGUCUGUGUGCCACACCACCCCUUUUGCCUCUUAGUGGUCCAGUCAGGCCUGUUGUCUGGCUGAACGUGAAGACCAAUGUCCAUGGGGUCUCCUCAGGUGGGGACCUGCCAGCUCUGGGACGUUCUCAGGCCUGGUGUCGCCAUUGUGUCUAGGACCAGGCAGGCCCCACAUGCUGGCUUGCCCUUAGCCAUAGGGAGGGUUUGGUGCUACCCCUGAGAGAUUUGGUGCUGUUGUCAUCAUCUGGGAUGGGUACAUUUGCAGGGCAUGUCACAUUUGCUCUGAGCAACUGUGAGACUUGGGGGCCUGACACAGAGAAGGCAGGACCCGCUCCGUGCUCAGCAGGAUCCUUCAGUCCGCCUCAGGCACACCUUAAGUCCAUUGAUUGAGGACACGGUGACGCUUUAGGGACCGCCUGCUGCACACAGCUUCAGCUCUCUCGUCAAGGCAGGGUUUAUCUGAAGUCACACAGGGAGAGCCACGGCUGCCCAGGAGAGGCUGAGCUCUCCCCUUGGCUCCAUACUCAUCCCCUUUGCCCUCUCUCUCUCCCCACUUUCCUAUGUACCCAAGGGCCCUGGUUUUACACAGAAUGGGUGUCAAGACCCUACAGAAUGGAGACAAGUUGACGUGGAGUAGAGUGAUGAUGAUAAGAAAGAAAUCCAUCACACUGGGUGGGACAGGCCUAUGAAGAAACAAGGCAGGCAGGGGGAUGGAGAAUGGGGAGGCAUCUGCAGGUGCCCUGAGGGCUACAUGAUGGCAGAAAGAUGCAGGGGCCACCUGGAUGACCCAUGCAAAGACCCUGAGGUGGACAGUGCUCAUAAGGAUUCCAGGAACAGGAGUGGCCUAGUAAGAGGCUGUCCUCAGGGAGAGCAGGGGACCCGCAGGACCCACUGGGCCACAGCAUUCAGAGAGCAGGGGAUAGGCCUUCAUGGGACGUCUGUGACUUAGGGUCCCAAUCCUGUGAAUCCAGUUCCUUCUGCAGCACCUUCCAGGGCCUCUCCCAGCUUGACAAAUGAAGAACGUGCAAUUAACGUUUUUUUGUAAGUUAUGGAAAUUCCAAAAUACAUACAAAAAUACAGUAGUAUGAUGUUCUGUGUUAGUUUCCUUGGGCUGCCACAACAAAUUGCCACAAACUGAGUGCCUUAAUACAACAGACAUUUAUUCUCUCACAGUUCAGGAGGCCAGAAAUGGAAGAUUAAGGUGUCAGUUCCCCCAACCCCUCCUCCGUUCCUUGCCUCUUCCAGUUUCUGGUCUGCCAACAAUCCUUGGUGUUCCUUGGCUUGUAACUGCAUUACUCUGGUCGCUGCUUUUCUCUUCAUGUGGCCUUCCUCUCCGGUCUGUCAAGUCUCUGUAUGUCUCUUAGGACACUUGUUGCUAGAUUUGUGGCCCAUCAGAAAAUACAGGAUGACCUCUUCAUUUCAAGGUGCUAAACUUAAUCACAUCGGCAAAGUCCUUAUUUUCCAAAUAAGAUCAUGUUCACAGGCUCCAGGGAUUGGGCUAUGGACACGUGUGUUGGGGGCCACCAUUCAUCCAACUGCGUGUCCCCAUCCAGAAGGUGAGCCUCAGUCAGUGUGGGUGCUCCUGCCCUUCCUGUUUUGGGUACCUCCUACAUACACUUAUCACAGGCAUGAUGAGGAUGACCCCUUGCUGACCAAGCAUCUUCCCAGGUGAGCUCCACGAGGCCUAAGGCUCUCUCUGCUGCUUCCCCAGCACAGAGCAGGCCCUUAGUCACUCAUGUUUUGUUUUUUAAUAAUGUGAGCACAUAAGUCUCACUUAGAGCAGGGCCUGGCACUGGGGGCCAGCUCUUAGCCAGAGACAGACAGAAAAUAAGCAAGAUGUGAACCAUUUAUUAUUCAGUUCACAUCCUCUGUGCUGAAGAAGCCUGUGAGUAUAAUUCUCUGAAGUUCCUCAGAGAACCCAGCACAUCAGGCAUAUCUGCCGUGGAGGGCAUGAUUGAAGGACAGUUGUGUCCACGUUUUGCUCAUCAGCUGUGUUUAGCUGUUGGGGUGGGUGGUAUCUACUGUUUGUGGCGCUCUGGGGAAACAGGAUACCGUGCUGGUGGAAGAAUCUGUGGGUUAAGGCUUUGCAGAUGGCAGUUUGGCAGGGUUUUUUAACAUUUAAAAUGUGGUUCUACUUGAGUCACCAUCCUAGGAUCAGAAGUGGUUGCUGGGAUGCUGCUGGGGACGGCUUGGGCACAGCUUUGUCUGCAUGUUUGAGCAAGUUGGGAAAAUGUCCUCUGGCACAGAGAACGUCCUGAGGACUCGCGGGAAGCCUUGGACUAGAGGGGCGGUGCAGUGCUAAAGGGCUAUUGGUGCAUCUGCUGUUUGACUUUUCUAGGAAGAAAUCAGUCAGUACUUGUGUAACUGUAAAUUGUAAAGGACAGGGAGGAGACGGACGUGGACCUGGUCCCUUGUGCUCAGUGCGAGCAGCUCCAGGCAGAGCGCGGCAGCCCCGGGAGAAGCCUGCAUCGCCGCUGCACCUGAGUCUCGUGCUCUAGGAUUCUCCUCAGUACUCAGAAAUGCUGACAAGUGGGGAAUCCACGUGAAGGGCAUGUGGGAGAUCUGUGCAGUAUUUUUGCAGCUUUUAUAUAAACGUGACAUUAUUUCAAAAUAAAGCAUUAUUGAAGUUUUAAA